AUGUUAUACCAUUGCUUAUCAAUCAAAUGUGUAUGGUUGUUGAUCGUUUUACUCUGGAACCCAUUUGGCAAGUGCAUAAAAUCUUCUGUAACUCGACGGUUCGAUUACAAACAGCAGUUGGCUAAAGGCGCUCUAAAACGGGAUAUUUUUACAUUCGUUUCAUGUGCAAAUACAAGGAAGGUUGGAUCAAAUGAUCACUCUACUCAAAGUCCCCUACCGACGGCGGACAUUAACGGCGUUGAUAAAAUUUUUGCAGAACCCAUAGUAGCCAAUGUGCAGGACCUAAUACGUGAGAGAGGAUGUUUGGAUCCAGGUGUAAUUAUAGACACCACGUCCAGACUGAAAUACAAUGGCGCCGCAAUACUUGACACGUUUACGGCUGCCAGGGAAACAGAUGAAGCGCUAACUGGGACUACAUCUGGCGGCGGGCAGCAGAAAUUUUGUAUGAGAUUCGAUGGAGAUGAUGGAGUGGAGCGUAAACUUGUGGCAUCAAAAACGAUUGACCUAGGUGGUGAGGUAGCGAAAGUACGAAAGAGCUUUUGCUUCUCACUGUCGCAGAUAAAAGAUGAUCUGUUUUCUCUAUAUGAUCGUCACAAGAGAGAGUUACAUCAUGAAUCAUUUGAAUGUGUCUAUUGGAAGCAUAUAAUUGAUUUACAGCGACUUAAUAUAGGCCAUUUCAUGAGGGAGAGGAACGUGGAAAGUGCUUACAGUGAAAGUGGCCCAGAUGCAUCACCUACAUAUUGUUACCAGCUGAAAGACGCACACGAAGUCUUUGAAGCUUCUGUCUGUUCAUCAUUAACCACUUCAGAUGAUGCAAAGGUACGAAUUAAUUCAACGACGGCUGCUUGCGUCCAUGCCAGGAACCCUGCGGAGGGAGGCGACUCGGAAAACCACGCAAGAAAUGGGUUCGAAGAGCGGCUAUGCGAUUUCAUACGGUUAAAACGUCUGAAGCUGUUGAAAACCUUAAUAGUCAUUGAUAGCGUGCUCUCGACAGGUGAUGCGCUAAGUGUAGCAAUGGGGAGUAAGGAGUUUGCGCUGGCGGACUUGAACUGCAAUGAGAAAGAGCUACUUCUCUUAUCUUUGGGGAUAGCCAGUGAGUAUUACAAUGCAGUUUUUAGAGCUGUCAUGUGCGUGAUGAGGCAGCCGAUACAUUUACCUUCCUUGUGUAUAGACGACACCCUCAAGUUAAGCUGGGCUCAUCAUCUCUUAACAAAAAAUAUGAGUCACCUGCCGCUUUUGAUGCCAGAGUCGGCUGCUAAGCAGAUACAGGAGCCUAUUGUAAGUCACCGAUUACGGCAGCGCCACAAAGCUGUCAAUGACGUGAUUGCAGCUGCGACGAAUCCACUUUACGUUAUCCGGGAUCGUGUAGAGCACCUUGCGCAGUCUCACUAUAAAAUAGAGGACACUGCGCCACUCCAGCAUGGAUGCGGCCCGCUUAUGACGAACCGCAAGAUAAUGGCCGAAAUGGCUCUGGAAAAUAUAGAAAGCGAGCUGUUGGCAUUUGAGAACGAUAAUGGGGACUACCUCGGUUUGUUUCAAGUAACCUCUGAAGACAUACAGCGCAUUCUCGGCGACGACUACUACCAAUUACCGCGUUUGGUUGGUGAUUCGACAGUAGCCAACAUUAUGGAUUUCUUUGGAGAAUACCUUACUGGUGUGUUGGAACCAGAGCGGUACAAGCAUGUGACCCCCGAUUCAUGGUUGAUGGCAUUGGACAACUUGGUGACCCGAGCAGCUUUUACCAGACUUUUCGCGGCUGUGGUUUCGCAUAACCUUAGGGCCAAGGGUGAAGUAGAGACAGAUAUUAGGACUGCCUACACUUCUCGGACCUUUCUUCACCAUGCUGCACCGGGUAUAUCGGUCGCACGCCCGGUAGAAUCAUCAGUCUACAACAGCAACCAUGACGUGAAACCUCAUGAGGCACACAUCGUGCCAUUUAUAGAUCUUAUUAACCAUAGUUCAGGUGCUCCAAACUGUGUCAUCGAGCUGGAUACAGAUGAAGUACCUCACUUCAGAUUGCGGGCGUUGCACAGCAUCCAACCAGGUGAAGAAAUACUGGUGAAUUACGGUGAUUUGGAUAACAACGUAUUGUUCCUGGAUUAUGGCAUGGUACCCACUUUGAACCGUAAAUGUGGCGUUUUUAUGGAGGUGGAACCUACCUUUAUACGACGUGCGGCUGGGUCAAGAGGGUUAGAACAUCUGCUACCGAGCUCCUUUCCGGCAGGUUUACCGUCUGAGAAAUGCGCUAUGCUACAUGAGCUCGGCAUUUUCGAUAUUCCAAGCGAUAAAGGGUUUCUUGCUCUCUACAAUGAGCCAUACUUUGAGGGUAUGCCAUUGGAAAAAUACAACGAAUUUACCGCCAAGUUUUUGGCUCGUGAGAACACGUCGCAGCCGUCUGUUGACGAAUAUCUUGAUGCAGACGCCAUUAGACAGGAACACACCAAGUAUCAGCCUCCAACUGAUGAGCUGUUUCCGUCUACUGAUGGAUCAAAUCAACGAGAUCCCAUGAAAAUUGUCAGCGUGGAUACCCAUGGUGUACCAGAUGAGCGUCUGAUUAUGGCUCUCAAGAUAUGUUUUUGCAAAACAAAAAAGCGUCUCCAUUGGUUAUCACAACAGGACGCUAAAUAUCUCGCAACCAGCAUAAACUCACCCCUCGAUAUUGAAAUAUUCAGAAUUGCGUCGUUCGUCUGUUGCGAAUACAUUAAAACCAAGUACCAGGCUACAAUCGCCGAUGACCUGCGCCAAGCGUCAAACCCUGACUUGUUCAGGGCUUGUGGUGCCGAAAGUCUGAGUGGAGUCGCUACCCAGCUGGAGGCCAUCCGAAAGCACAAUACAGUUGGAAUCCCCAAUGCAGUGGUCCUGGCACACGCUUUGAGGGCCAAGGUGCCUUUGUACAGGUGCGCAAGCUACUUUGACGCAAUUGCAGAUGAUUUUGAACGUAAAUGGAAAACGUAG